AUGUCCGCGCAGCUCACUCCCUCUAAGCAGACUGCAUCUUCGCUAGAGAACCUCAAGAUGAGCGAUUCCCCCGUUAAGAAGCUCAAUUUCGAAGCUUCCGGUAAGGAGAAUGCUCCUUCGUCUUUCCCCGUCGCCGACGCCCCCGCCACCAAGACUGCUGGUGAAAAGCCUUCCGAAGUUGCGAAGGCCACCCCUAGUGUCAAGGAACUUGAGGCCAAUGAGCCAUUGCUCCAAGAGAAUCCACAUCGCUUUGUUCUGUUCCCAAUCAAGUACCAUGAGAUCUGGCAAAUGUACAAGAAGGCCGAGGCCUCCUUCUGGACUGCCGAAGAAAUUGAUCUCUCCAAGGAUCUCCACGACUGGCACAACCGCCUGAACGAUGACGAGCGCUACUUCAUCUCCCGCGUCCUUGCUUUCUUUGCUGCCUCCGAUGGUAUUGUCAACGAGAACCUGCUCGAGCGUUUCAGCGGAGAGGUGCAGAUUCCUGAAGCCCGUUGCUUCUAUGGUUUCCAGAUCAUGAUUGAGAACAUCCACUCAGAAACCUACUCUCUUCUGAUUGAUACUUAUAUCAAGGAGCCCAAGCAGCGCACCUACCUCUUCGAUGCCAUUGAUAACAUUCCUUGCAUUCGCAAAAAGGCCGACUGGGCCAUCCGGUGGAUCCAGGACAAGGAGUCGACCUUCGGCCAGCGUCUCGUCGCCUUCGCCGCUGUUGAGGGUAUCUUCUUCUCCGGUUCUUUUGCCUCAAUCUUCUGGCUGAAGAAGCGUGGCUUGAUGCCUGGUCUUACCUUCUCCAACGAGCUUAUCUCUCGUGAUGAGGGUCUCCACACUGACUUUGCUUGUCUGUUGUUCUCGCACCUCAACCACCGUCCCGAUCCUCAGAUUGUCGAGGAUGUUAUCGUGGAAGCUGUUGCCAUUGAGAAGGAGUUCUUGACUGAUGCUCUUCCCUGUGCCCUUCUUGGCAUGAACGCCAACCUGAUGUGCCAGUACAUUGAAUUCGUUGCCGACCGUCUCCUAGUCGCCCUCGGAAACAAGAAGUACUUCAACGCCACCAACCCAUUCGACUUCAUGGACAACAUCUCCCUGGCUGGUAAGACCAACUUCUUCGAGAAGCGUGUAGGUGACUACCAGAAGGCUGGCGUCAUGGCCAGCACCAAGAAGGACGCCAAGCAAGAUGAGAGCUCUGGCAAUGGGGGCGGCCUCAACUUCGACGAGGACUUCUAA